GAGUGGAGCUUCGGUUACUCAAUGAAUGGGCCACAGUGUGUGAUGCAUGCUGGGAUAUGAGAGCUGCCAGUGUCCUCUGUAGACAGCUGAAUUGUGGGAUUGCUGUGUCUGUUGUGGGAUCAGACUGGUUUGGAGAGGGAAGUGGUGAAAUCUGGGCUGAUGUGUUUGAUUGUGACGGGAAUGAAACAAAACUCUCAGAAUGUUCCAUCUCUUCAUGGAGUCGAGCUGAAUGUUCUCAUAGACGAGCUGUUGAAGUCAUCUGCUCUGAGAGUGAAGCUCAUCUGGGGAACUGCAGCUCUCCACACACUCUCAACUGCAGCUCCACACAACAGCUGUCAAUCAAAAACUUUGGUCGCGGGUCCAUCAGGCUGGUGGGUUCUGGGGGAGACUGUGCAGGGAGGCUGGAGGUUUUUCACAGCGGCUCAUGGGGGACAGUGUGUGAUGACUCCUGGGAUAUUAAAGAUGCCCAUGUGGUGUGCAGACAGCUGCAGUGUGGAGUGGCCCUCAGUAACCAGCAGGUACCAGCCUGGUUUGGUCCUGGUUCUGGACCCAUAUGGCUGGAUGAGGUGGAGUGUGAGGGGAAUGAGACGUCCCUGUGGAACUGCUCUUCUCCAGGCUGGGGGAAACAUGACUGUCGACACAAGGAGGAUGUAGGAGUCGUGUGUUCAGAGUUUAAAGAGAUCAGGCUAACUGAGGGCUGUGAAGGGAAUGUGGAGGUUUUCUACAAUGGAUCCUGGGGUAAUGUGUGUUACAACAAGAUGGACAGAGACACAGCGAGUCUGAUCUGUCAGGAGCUGAACUGUGGAAGAUCUGGUAGUGAACCCAGUAAUUCAGAGGGACUGAAGUCUCAUAACUGGCUUGAUUAUUUUAAAUGUCGACGUCAUGAUUCCACUCUAUGGCAGUGUCCAUCUUCACCCUGGGGACAGAAUGACUGUGAUAAUGAAGUGGCCAAAAUCACCUGCUCAGAGGAGCAGACUCGUGAAUCUCCUCGGAGUCGUCUGACAUGUUCUACCUCAGAAUCUCCUCACCAGAGACAGUGUUCAAAUCAUGUUCCUCUCAGACUGAGUGGAGGUUUGGGCCGGUGCUCUGGGAGGCUGGAGGUGUAUCAUAACGCUGUGUGGGGUUCAGUCUGUGCUGAUCUGUGGGACAUCAGCGAUGCUCAGGUGGUCUGCAGGCAGCUGGGUUGUGGAGACGCACUGAGGGCUGAUGGGAAUUCAGUCUUUGGUGCUGGUGAAGGUGUUGUGUGGCUGAACAGAGUCGAGUGCAGAGGGAAUGAGAUUCACCUGUGGGACUGUCCUCUCUCCCUGAAGAACCACACUGACUGUUCUCACAAAGAGCACGCUGGACUCACAUGUGCAGAUUUGUCAGUGUCCACUACUCCUGCCACAACAACAUCAGCUUCUCCUCCAGUUUCUCAGACAGUGCGCUCAACAUCAGUCACUCCUCCACAAACUCCUCCAGCAGCGUCUCUCUCUGUGCUGGUUGUACUGGGAGUUUUGCUCUUACUGCUCUUAGUGCCACUGCUUAUACUGGUUCAGCAGAACAGAGUGAUGAGGAGAGCUCUCUCUAAGAGGAGACACAGGACGACGACUGAGGCCGUUUAUGAGGAGAUUCAUCACAGACACAAACACUUCACUCAGAGAGUGGACACACCAGAGCAUUAUGAUGAUGUCAUCAUUAAUGAACAGAUCUCUGAAGAUGUAACAGAGGGAGAUCAGGAGGAGUAUGAUGAUGUGAAGAACAGCAAUGAAGAUGACAGAAACCUGUUGGGUCGAGAAGCUGAGACGGGUUGGGGAAGCUCAGCGGAAACCACCGCAGGUACAGCAGACUCUGCGGAGGAGGACUCUGACGCCGACUCCCACGACAGCCGUCUACCUCGUUUUCCACGAAGACUAACGGACAGUGUGAGUGUGAGGUUGGUGAAUGGCAAUAAUCCCUGUGCUGGAAGAGUGGAGGUUCUUCAGAGAGACUCAGAGCAACGACUUCGACUCGUGGACGGGUUUCACCUGUGUUCUGGGAGAGUGGAGAUGUUUCGUACAGAAGGAUGGGGCACAGUGUGUGACGCUGCCUUUGACCAGCAGGAUGCAGAGGUUGUGUGUAGAGAGCUGGACUGUGGAGCUCCUGUACAGGUGCUGGGAAAAGAUGCUUUUGGCAAAGGAAAGGAUCGAGUUUGGUCAGAGGAGAUUCAGUGCAGAGGAAAUGAGUCUCAGAUUCACCUCUGUUCACGAUCAUCUUCACAGAUACACAGCUGUUCCCAUGACAAUGAUGUUGGAGUGAUUUGUUCUGGUUACACAGAUCUCAGACUGGUAAACAGCUCAGACUCUUGUUCUGGAAGAGUGGAGCUUCGGUUACUCAAUGAAUGGGGCACAGUGUGUGAUGCAUGCUGGGAUAUGAGAGCUGCCAGUGUCCUCUGUAGACAGCUGAAUUGUGGGAUUGCUGUGUCUGUUGUGGGAUCAGACUGGUUUGGAGAGGGAAGUGGAAUAUCAGGUCGCGGGUCCAUCAGGCUGGUGGGUUCUGGGGGAGACUGUGCAGGGAGGCUGGAGGUUUUUCACAGCGGCUCAUGGGGGACAGUGUGUGAUGACUCCUGGGAUAUUAAAGAUGCCCAUGUGGUGUGCAGACAGCUGCAGUGUGGAGUGGCCCUCAGUAACCAGCAGGUACCAGCCUGGUUUGGUCCUGGUUCUGGACCCAUAUGGCUGGAUGAGGUGGAGUGUGAGGGGAAUGAGACGUCCCUGUGGAACUGCUCUUCUCCAGGCUGGGGGAAACAUGACUGUCAACACAAGGAGGAUGUAGGAGUCGUGUGCUCAGAGUUUAAAGAGAUCAGGUUAACUGAGGGCUGUGAAGGGAAUGUGGAGGUUUUCUACAAUGGAUCCUGGGGAAAUGUGUGUUACAACAAGAUGGACAGAGACACAGCGAGUCUGAUCUGUCAGGAGCUGAACUGUGGAAAAUCUGGCAGUGAACCCAGUAAUUCAGAGGGACUGAAGUCUCAUAACUGGCUGGAUAAACUUAAUUGCCGACGUCAUGAUUCCACUCUAUGGCAGUGUCAAUCUUCAGCAUGGGGACAGAAUGACUGUGAUAAUGAAGUGGCCAAAAUCACCUGCUCAGAGGAGCAGACUCGUGAAUCUCCUCGGAGUCGUCUGACAUGUUCUACCUCAGAAUCUCCUCACCAGAGACAGUGUUCAAAUCAUGUUCCUCUCAGACUGAGUGGAGGUUUGGGCCGGUGCUCUGGGAGGCUGGAGGUGUAUCAUAACGCUGUGUGGGGUUCAGUCUGUGCUGAUCUGUGGGACAUCAGCGAUGCUCAGGUGGUCUGCAGGCAGCUGGGUUGUGGAGACGCACUGAGGGCUGAUGGGAAUUCAGUCUUUGGUGCUGGUGAAGGUGUUGUGUGGCUGAACAGAGUCGAGUGCAGAGGGAAUGAGAUUCACCUGUGGGACUGUCCUCUCUCCCUGAAGAACCACACUGACUGUUCUCACAAAGAGCACGCUGGACUCACAUGUGCAGAUUUGUCAGUGUCCACUACUCCUGCCACAACAACAUCAGCUUCUCCUCCAGUUUCUCAGACAGUGCGCUCAACAUCAGUCACUCCUCCACAAACUCCUCCAGCAGCGUCUCUCUCUGUGCUUGUGGUUGUACUGGGAGUUUUGCUCUUACUGCUCUUAGUGCCACUGCUUAUACUGGUUCAGCAGAACAGAGUGAUGAGGAGAGCUCUCUCUAAGAGGAGACACAGGGCGACGACUGAGGCCGUUUAUGAGGAGAUUCAUCACAGACACAAUCACUUCACUCAGAGAGGGAGUCUCGUCUCUGAAGAACUGCAUUCUAGGUAUGAAGAUGCUGAUGAGCUUCUCUCAGCAAAAGAUUUCAAGACUGUAUAUUAUGAUGAUGUCACCAAUAGCAGUGGCCUGAAAGGAUACUAUGAUGAUGUCAUCACUGAUGGACUGAAACCAGAUCGUGAGACAGAAGACACGCCUGAGAGCUAUGAUGACGUAAUCACCAGUGGACAGAACUCUUAUAUCAAAAAAGUUAACAUGCUAGAGAAUUAUGAUGAUGUCAUCAUUAAUGGACAGAGCUCGCAAAUAGAGGGAGUUCAGGAGGACUAUGAUGAUGUGAUGAGUGUGAGUGAAGAUGUGAGAAACCUGUUAGAUUAUGAUGAUGUGGAGGAGGAGUCAAAAAAAGAAGGGGGGCCAUUCGGCUCAAUGACCACGCCAGUUCAAGAAAUUUGAACACUUAUGAGUUUGAUUGAAAUUGCUAUUAUUAUAUAAU